GAACAGACUUCGGAGAGAGAGGAGAGAACAGCUUACUGUAUAAGUAUUAGAGGUGCGGACAUGUCGGGGGCGUCUUCUCCUGCCUCGGUGACGCUGUUCCAGCAGGAGUCUGGGGGCGUCACCUACCGUAUCCCGGCUCUGCUCUACAUCCCACAUCCUUCCAUCUUUUUGGCCUUCGCUGAAAAACGUUCUUCUCCUAACGACCAGGACGCCAUGUACCUCGUGAUGAGGAGAGGAACGGUGGAGCAUGGCGGGGUGCAGUGGGAAGACAUGAUCGCGGUAAGACAUGCCAAGUUACCGGGCCAUCGGACCAUGAACCCCUGCCCGCUCUACGAUCCCGCCACUAAGACCAUCUUCCUCUUCUUCAUUUGUGUCAAAACAGCCUGCUCCGAAAGGUGUCAAAUCCUAACUGGCCGAAACGCCGCCCGCCUCUGCUACGUCACCAGCCACGACCUCGGCAAAUCAUGGAGUCUAACCAAAGAUGUGACGGAGGAGGUUCUGGGCCGGGACAUGAAGAACUGCGCCACCCUGGCUGUGGGCCCAGGUCAUGGGGUGUGUUCACUAUCGGGCAGGCUGAUUGUGCCAGCGUACCUGUAUUACAUUCACUCCCGCGUCUGCGGUCUGCCCCUUCCAUGGAAGACCAAGCCUCAUUCUUUCAUCUUCUACAGCGAUGACCACGGUGAAAGUUGGCACAAGGGCAGCGGGCUGUGGAAGCAAGAGACGGUGGAGUGCGAGGUGGCCCAGGUGGCCUGUAGCAACGGUAGCGACCUGCUGUACUGCAACGCAAGAACCAGUCGGCAUUACCGGGUGGAGGCAACAAGCGGCUCCCAGUCCAUGGAGUUUGGAGAUGCCCACUUCAAUAAAAGCCUCUGUGAACCACCUCAUGGAUGCCAGGGAAGUGUGGUGAGCUACGAGCCCAUGGAGGUCCACCAAGAAGAAGAUGAGGCUGAUGGUAGAGAUGAGUCCCAGAAGUCGUGCCUUAAGAUAAGAGCCUCAUCUUGGCUUCUUUAUUCCCAUCCGACCAGCAGCCAUAGGCGCAUGGACUUGGGAAUUUACUUGAAUAAAUCUCCUCUUGUGCCAUCCAGCUGGGCUCGGCCAUGGGUCAUCAAUGAAGGUCCCAGCGGGUACUCGGACUUGGCGGUCUGUCAGGAUGCUCACACCUUCGCUUGUUUGUUUGAAGGUGGAAAGGACGCUUGUGAGAAGAUUACCUUCCGGAGGUUCACGGUUGAGGAGCUCCUGAACAAUUCCUCAAAGCCCUAGUCCCAUAUGGUUCUGUUCACACUGGGGCUAUGGGCUCCAUCUAGAAUCCUGCUGCAGCUGG